CCUCCCCCAACUCUCAGGAAUGUAUAAUUAUCUGCUCGGGGGUGGGGGUUGUGUGUAUGUGUGGUCACGUGGUUUAAAAACUAGCGCCCCCGUCCCCCACCUGUAUCAGCUUUGGGGAUCCCCACUGAGUCCUUAAAGUGCAUGACCCAAAUUGCGGGGUACCCAAGACUUCUGGAGCAGACGACCCCCAUCUCCAGAUAUGUCCACCCCUUUGCCUCCGGACUUCACUGGGGCUAGCAGCCGCCCGACCAAGGGCCCGGGGCCACGGGCUCAGCGGACGACCAUGGGCUCAGUGUCCAACCAGCAAUUUGCAGGUGGCUGCGCCAAGGCGGCGGAGAAGGCGCCCGAGGAGGCGCCGGCGGACGCAGCCCGGGAGGCUGACGAGCCGCAGCUGCUGCACGGUGCGGGCAUCUGUAAGUGGUUCAACGUGCGCAUGGGGUUCGGCUUCCUGUCCAUGACCGCCCGCGCCGGGGUCGCGCUCGACCCCCCGGUGGACGUCUUUGUGCACCAGAGUAAGCUGCACAUGGAGGGUUUUCGGAGCCUGAAGGAGGGUGAGGCAGUGGAGUUCACCUUUAAAAAGUCUGCGAAGGGCCUGGAAUCCAUCCGUGUCACCGGUCCCGGUGGGGUGUUCUGUAUUGGGAGUGAGAGGCGACCCAAGGGGAAGAACAUGCAGAAGCGUAGAUCCAAAGGAGACAGGUGCUACAACUGUGGUGGUCUAGACCAUCAUGCCAAGGAAUGCAAGCUGCCACCCCAGCCUAAGAAGUGCCACUUCUGCCAAAGCAUUAACCAUAUGGUAGCCUCGUGUCCACUGAAGGCCCAGCAGGCUCCCAGCUCCCAGGGGAAGCCAGUCUACUUCCGAGAGGAAGAGGAAGAGAUCAACAGCCCUGCCCUACUUCCGGAGGCCCAAAAUUGAGCACAGUGGGUGGGGGAUAUUCUUUGUUAUCAGGAAGUUUCAAGGAGCAGGCAUCAAUCGGCAGUGGAGAAAGUGGGGAUAGGGUGGGUUGGGGUAGCUGGCACUGCCAUGUUUCUCAGGCCGGGGUUCCCAGCAUCACCCCAUCUUCCCUCAGUGGGGGGAGGGGGUGAGGCAAAGGAACUCCAACCAUGCUCUAUCCAAGUAAAAGUGAGGGCUUUGGGAGAGCCACCCUAGAACCUGGAUGCUUUAUCUGAGGCUUUAUACCCCCACAAGGAUAGGGAAGUUGCUUUCCUUUUAAAGAAGGAUAUGUAAUAAUAUUUCCCUUACCAGGGAAAUCAAUUAGGUAUGAGAUCAGAUUAAUGGACCCAACCUACGAGCUACUACAUUCUGUGGGAGGGAAUCUCGGGAGCAAUGUGGGGUUUUUAGCAUCUUUUUUUCCUCAUAACCCAAUCUUGGGACGUGGUGCUGGGAACUGUUCCAAGCAAUGUGUUAUGAUGACGGGCAAAAAGGGUGGUUGGGAGAACAGUUGCAGAUCUGCUGCUCCUCACUCACUCCCACCCCUUUCUAGGCCAAUGUGAUUUUAUUUAUUUGCUCCUUUAGAUGACUGCACCUUGGGUCCCACUUUCUCCAGGAUGCCAACUGCACUGUGUGCGAAUGACGUAUCUUGUGCAUUUUAACUUUUUUUUCUUAAUAUAAAUAUUCUGGCUUUGUAUUUUUGUAUAUUUUAAUCUAAGGCCCUCAUUCCUGCACUGUGUUCUCAGGUACAUGAGCAAUCUCAGGGAUAAGUCGGCAGCAGCUCCGGGUCUGCACAGCAGGAAUACUUUUUGUUUCUAUCACUAUAGAGAGCAAACAUUUGGAGUGCAUAGCCUAUCGAAGUGAACUACCUCAUUUUUGCCAAUGAGAGCUGAGUCUUCUGCCAUAGUACCCUCUUGAAACCCUCUCCAUUUUUCAUAGGAGGAUAGGUUUUAAAGGGUCUGCCCCACAACUUGAUCUUCUACUGGAAGACUGAAAAUUAGUCCAAACAGGAAAAGGUGGUGCAGAAAAGUUAGGUGAGGCUGGGCCAGGUAAAAGGCCCAGAGAGGAAGCUGAGGUUAGGUGAUGUGAUGGUUGUCUAAUCAUAGGGCAAGGGGCUGGCUUUACAUAUCUGAUCCAUUCUUCGCUAGAUAAGCCUAGCUCUACAAUGCACAACAGGGUGUAUGUGUGUGUGUGUGUUUAUAUAUUAAAAGAAAGUGAGUUGGUAAGGCUGUUUUAAUACCAAUACCCUUGUGCCCAUUAUGUGCUGUGCAGGAAUGGCUACACGAAGCAAGGACUAAAAUUCGGAACCAUUCAACAUUCUUGGCUUCCAGUGAGACCCAUAAAAGAGGGCCUCAGUGGUGCUGGGAGCCAGUGUCCUGCCCUGCUGCAGUAGUGACUAAUAGAAGAGAAAAGGGGGGUUUCGUUUACAUGCUGUGAGAUCACUGCAAACCUACCUCACUGUGUUGAGACGGGACAAAUGCAAUAGAACGCAUUGGGUAGUGUGUGUCUGAUCCUGGUUUCUUGUCUCCCUCAAAUGCUGCCCUCCUCUUAAUUAUUAUAUUUGUCUGGGCUUUGUAGGACUUUACUGAGUCUCUGAGUUGGUGAUUGCUAGGUGGCCUAGUUUGUGUAAAUAUAAUGUGUUGGUCUUUUCUCCAUGUUCUUUUGGGGUUUUAUUGUUUACAAAAUUUUUUUUGUAUUGAGAGAAAAAUAGCCAAAGGAUCUUUGACAGAAGGUUCUGCACCAGGCAAAAGGAUCUGAAAAAUAAGUUUGGGGAGGCUCUUUUUGAAGUGGGGAUCAUGAACCAUCUUUUCUUUUGUAGUCCCCUUUUCCUUGUUUCCUAUUUGGGACCAAAUCUGUCCUAAAAACUUGACUCCUACGUUUUUCUCUCCCCUAAAGAAAACCUACAUACCCACACACAUACAUAUUUAAUUCUUGGAGUAUCUCUGCAACUCUUAAGAGACUUAUGCAGAAAUCUUGAAGGAGCAAGGAGCCUCUACCCCUUGUUCCCAACCUCAUGAGUCAAGACAGUUAUUUGAUACAAUUCAUGCCAAGCACCUGCUGUCUGGAUGGAUCAAACCUACUGAGUUUGUAAUCCUCGAGAAAAGGAAGUGGGGGUCUUGGGGGCCUUCUAUGUGAAAGUGGGGUCAGGAGACCAGGAAAGGGAGUAUGAAUGUAUAUUCAAGUCACUCAGGAACUUUUAUGCAGGUGCAAGAAACUUAUGUCAAAGUGGCCUCAAGAUUGUUUAAUAGGAGACAGACGAAUGUAACUCCAUGUUUACUGCUAGAAACCAAAGCUUUGUGUGAAAUCUUGAAUUUAUGGAGAGGGAUGAAGGGGGGAGGGGGGGAAAGUAUGUACCUGUCCUUUCCCUGAAUCCUUCACUCCAUUCCUGAACUUCCCAGGACCAAGCCCCCUUGGGCUUUGGUGACCCCAUCACCGGGGUGUCUAUUUGAUGGUUGAUUUUGCUGUACCCCUGUACACUUACUUCCUUUGCUAUUUUCUAAUCAUUUUCUAACACGAGUGCUGACUCUUCCUUCCCUUCUCCUUUCCCCAGGAAAAUACAAUGAAUAAAAAGUC